AUCUGGCAACCCUAGUACAACCCUCAUUUCUCUCGGUGUGUGCGCUGAGAUCGGACUGUCACCGCGCGCAGAUCGGCGCAUUAUACCGGAGCUGCACCUGGACUCCACUAGCACGCUGCUUUAACAUACAGCUGGAGAACUUUGGAUGUACAUACUUAUUUACCGCAGCCCGACGUUUGAUUUCUUUGGGAGAAGGGCGAUAUGGGGACACGGUGUGCCGAGGUGGCACUCAGACUGGUGAUGGGGAUCCAAACAAGGAGCCUUUUUAUUCCUUUUCAGAAGCUCCUUUAAAACAAUCGGAUAUCAGGACAUUGAUGACCCCGACAGCGUCGGUUUGGAGAUAACCUUGCAGGAUAGAAGGGAAUUGAAGGUCUCUGCGUUGGACAAACAGAGCAUUGUCAUUUAUUCCUGCGCGCAAGGACGAUUUUCAUCGCAUAAAAGAGACUGAUUGUGUCCGGACUGUGCGCCCGGUGCGCAAAAAGACCCUCAAUCACCAAGAAGCUUCGCGGAGACGCGGGUGGCUUUAUAAUUGUCGGACAGAAAGAACCACUGAGCUCCAAAUCUUGAGAGAACUCGCUUCAUUCUCACUAAACCAAUCUGGUGGAAGGGGAGGAGCCACACUCAAAUCAGCCAAUCCAGAAUGAGGGGUGGGGCCAUGGGGGUUUUACAAGUGCUGCUAUUGGCCAGUGUGCUGGAGCCUGCAACUCUGGCAUUCAGUCGUGCACCGGUGCCCAUGGCAGUUGUUCGGCGGGAGCUGUCCUGUGAAAGUUACCCGAUCGAGCUGCGCUGUCCCGGGACGGACGUUAUCAUGAUCGAGAGUGCAAAUUACGGCCGAACCGAUGACAAAAUCUGUGACGCUGACCCCGCUCAGAUGGAGAACACGCGCUGUUAUUUACCUGAUGCGUACAAGAUCAUGAGCCAGAGGUGUAAUAACCGGACGCAGUGCGCCGUCGUGGCCGGACCGGACGCGUUUCCUGACCCCUGUCCCGGGACAUACAAAUACCUGGAAGUGCAGUAUGAGUGCGUCCCGUACAAGGUGGAACAGAAAGUUUUCUUGUGCCCAGGGCUCUUGCGUGGCGUUUAUCAGAGCGAGCAUCUGUUUGAGUCGGACCACCAGUCGGGAGCUUGGUGCAAAGACCCCCUCCAGGCCUCAGAUAAGAUCUAUUACAUGCCCUGGACGCCGUAUCGCACAGACACCCUCACCGAAUACUCCAGCAAAGAGGAUUUCAUUGCAGGACGACCCACCACGACCUACAAGCUCCCCCAUCGGGUGGAUGACGGGUUCGUCGUCUACGACGGGGCACUGUUCUUCAACAAGGAACGAACCAGGAAUAUCGUCAAGUUCGAUUUGCGCACUCGCAUCAAGAGCGGCGAGGCUAUCAUCGCUAGCGCAAACUACCACGACACUUCGCCGUAUCGCUGGGGUGGCAAGUCAGAUAUCGAUUUGGCGGUGGACGAGAAUGGUCUUUGGGUGAUUUACGCUACGGAGCAAAACAACGGACGGAUCGUGAUCAGCCAGCUCAACCCGUAUACGUUACGUGUCGAGGGAACGUGGGAUACGGCCUACGACAAACGCUCCGCUUCCAACGCCUUCAUGAUCUGUGGGAUCCUGUACGUCGUCAAGAGUGUCUACGAAGACGAUGAUAGCGAAGCCACCGGAAAUAAAAUCGACUACAUCUACAACACGGAGCUGAGCAAAGACGGCUACCUGGACAUCCCCUUCCCCAACUCGUACCAGUACAUUGCUGCCGUGGAUUACAAUCCCAGAGACAAUCUGCUCUAUGUGUGGAAUAACUACCACGUGGUCAAGUAUACGCUGGAUUUCGGAGUACUGGACAACAGGCUAGAAACUUCCUCCUCAGGAAACGUCUUAAUGGACACGACGACGACGCGCACCACGACUCGCCCGGUCACCAUCACCAUGACGACCGCCUCCACCUCCACCUCCACCAGCACCACCAUGACCAGCAGCACCCGAUCUCCCUCCACGACGCCGGCGGCCCCACGCAGCACCGCCACAGAGCGGCAGCCGGCGGCUCUUCCCGAGGUCACGGCGCGCUCCGACCCGUCCUCCGUCCUGCCCAACAUCGCCGUGGAGUUCUGCAGCCCCGUCACCGACUCCUCCAUCACCUGGCCCAAAACACGGCAGGGCCUCGUGGCCAAGCAGCCCUGCCCGCCAGGAACCAUCGGGACGGCUGUGUUCGCCUGUCAGGGGCCCGAGGGACUGUGGGACCAGCAGGGGCCCGACCUCAGCAACUGCACCUCCACAUGGGUCAACAUCAUCAACCAGAAGAUUCGAGCGGGUGAACCUGCAGCCAUAAUUUCCCGUGAGCUUUCCGAGCAAACCAAGGGUCACAUGCACGCGGGUGACAUCACCUACACUGUCCGGGCCAUGGGUCACCUGAUCGACCUGCUGGACGUCCAGCUCAGGAAUCUCACCCCCGGAGGAAAGGACAGUGCCGCCCGGAGCCUCAAUAAGCUGCAGAAAAGGGAGCGCUCCUGUCGAUAUUUCGUCCAGGCGAUGGUGGAGACGGUGAAUAACUUGCUGCAGCCACAGGCGCGGACGGCGUGGAUGGAGCUGUCGAGCGGAGAUCAGCUGCGCGCCGCCACCAUGCUGCUGGACACCGUCGAACAGGGCGCCUUCGUGCUCGCAGACAACCUGCUGAAGACUGACGUCGUGCAGGAAAACACAGAAAACAUCCAGCUGGAGGUGGCGAGGAUGAGCACAGACGGAAAUCUUCCCGAUCUGAAGUUUCCACAGACUGGAGGCCAGGGAAACGCCAUCCACCUGUCAGCCAACACCCUCAAACAACACGGCAGAAACGGGGAGAUCCGGAUGGCGUUCGUCCUGUACAAGCAUCUGGGUUCGUAUCUGUCUACUGAAAACGCCAGCAUGAAGUUCAGCAGCGAGACGUUAAACACAAACUACUCUGUCAUCGUCAACUCUCCCAUUAUAACAGCGGCCAUCAACAAAGACAGUAACAAAGUCUACCUGUCCGACCCCGUCAUAUUCACCGUGCGACAUAUUCAGCAGUCAGAGGAGAAUUUCAACCCCAACUGUUCGUUCUGGAGCUACUCGAAGCGCAGUAUGACGGGCUUCUGGUCGACGCAGGACUGCCGGCUGCUGGGAACCAACCGAACGCACACCACCUGCUCUUGCACACACCUCACCAACUUCGCUGUGCUCAUGGCUCACGUGGACGUGAAGACGGCAAAGCCGGUUCAUGAUCUGCUGCUGGACGUCAUCACGUGGGUGGGAAUCCUGCUGUCUCUGGUCUGUCUGCUCGUCUGCAUCUUCACCUUCUGCUUCUUCCGCGGCCUGCAGAGCGACAGGAACACCAUACACAAGAACCUGUGCAUCUCGCUCUUCAUCGCUGAAACGCUCUUCCUCACCGGCAUCAACCGCGCAGACCAGCCCAUCGCCUGCGCCGUCUUCGCGGCUCUGCUGCAUUUCUUCUUCCUGUCUGCGUUCACGUGGAUGUUUCUGGAAGGCGUUCAGCUCUACAUCAUGCUGGUGGAGGUGUUCGAGAGCGAGCAUUCGCGCAGGAGGUAUUUCUACCUGGCCGGAUACGGCAUUCCUGCGCUCAUCGUGGCCGUUUCUGCCGCAGUGGAUUACCGCAGUUACGGGACGGACAGAGUUUGCUGGUUGCGGUUGGAUACUUAUUUCAUCUGGAGUUUUAUAGGCCCCGCCACACUCAUCAUCAUGCUGAAUGUGAUCUUCCUGGGAAUUGCUCUCUACAAGAUGUUCCACCACACCGCCAUUCUGAAGCCAGACUCUGGUUGCCUUGAUAACAUCAAAUCGUGGGUAAUCGGAGCCAUCGCGCUGCUCUGUCUGCUGGGCCUGACCUGGGCAUUCGGCCUGAUGUACGUUAACGAGAGUACAGUGAUCAUGGCGUACCUCUUCACCAUCUUUAACUCGCUGCAGGGCAUGUUCAUCUUCAUAUUUCACUGCGUCCUGCAGAAGAAGGUGCGUAAAGAGUACGGGAAGUGUCUGCGGACUCACUGUUACAGCGGGAAGAGCGUGGAGUCGUCUAUGGGUUCGGUGAAGAGCUCGUCAUCGCGUGGCCCGGGGCGAUAUUCCUCUGCGUCGCAGAGCCGAAUCCGCCGCAUGUGGAACGACACGGUGAGGAAGCAGUCCGAGUCUUCAUUCAUGGCUGGAGACAUUAACAGUUCAGCGACACUCAACAGAGGUGCCAUGGCCAAUCACCUCAUCCCAAACACUCUGCUGCGUGCUCACGCCUCUAACAACCCCUAUAACACCUUACUGGGCGAAUCAGCCGUCUAUAACAACCCCACCCUCAGCAUGUACAACGCUCAAGAGGGAAUCCUGAACAAUGCUCGGGAUACAAGUGCCAUGGAUACUCUACCACUGAAUGGUAACCACGGCAACAGCUACAGCUUGGCCAGCGCCGAUUACAUGAGCGACUGCGUGCAAAUCAUCGACCGCACGUACAACGUACACAAAGAGACCACGCUGGAGAAACGGAUCCUGAAAGAGCUCACAUCCAACUACCUGCCCACCUACCUGAACAACCAUGACCGCACGGCCGAGCACGGACGCAACCUCAUGAACAAGCUGGUUAACGAAGUCAGCAACGGAGGCGGGGUGAAGGACUCGCCCAUGCUGCCCGUCAAUCUCGCGUUGGGCCUGGACGACUCUGCGUCUUUCCCGCACGAGGACAGUCUGGGGCUGGAGCUGAUCAGGGAGGAGUCCAACGCACCCUUGCUUCCGCCGCCACGCCACAUCCAGCCUCUUCCCUCCACCUUCAGCUCGGCCUCUUCAUCGCGACGGCGCCUUCCGCAAGAAAACAGCGAGAGUUUCUUCCCUCUGCUUACAGAGGAGCAAACGGAAGAGACUCCAUCCCCGCAGAGAGACUCGCUCUACACCAGCAUGCCCACGCUGCCCGACCCCGAGCGCUCCGACACGCAUUCACUGCCCCGCGGCGGUGACACGCACACGCUCCCCAGAAGCGGAGAGCCGGACGACGUCUAUUAUAAGAGCAUGCCCAACUUGGGCUCGCGCAACCAUCUGCACCAGCUGCAUAGCUACUACCAGCUGGGCCGCGGCAGCAGCGACGGUUUUAUCGUCCCGCCCAAAGAUGAGCUUUUGCCCGAAGAAACGCCGCAGGAAACCGCACACAUGGUCACCAGCCUAUAGAGGGCGCCAAACCCCGCCGUAUUCACACCCCUAAACCCAUGACAUCUUGACCUCCGCUGGCUCUUCUACGUUUCCGUACCGUUCCGUCGUCCGCAGUUGUUCACUUUUGCUUUUCCGUGUCCGCAGAGAAAUUAACUGCAGCAACAAACCUUGGGAGGCGAUUUUGUAUUCCGUUCAGGAGAGGAUUAUGGGUACUCUUGCUUGUUGAGGAAUGAAACUUGACAUUCUUUGGAUUUUAUUAGUCGUGCACUUCUACUUCAAGGGAAAACGGACCCAAAAAUGGAUUUGCUGUAUAACCUUGUGGGGAGUGUGAGAUUUCGAGGGUUUUUUACUCUCUGCGACCCCGAAGGAAUACAAAUAACUGCCAAAAAAACAUUGUUAGUAGCUCAGUGCGUCUAGUCAACACCAAUCAAGUCUGUGACUCGAAAACUAUUUUAAUACCUUCUGUAUCCAUAUUUGCUUUUUAAAUAUUUUUUCUUCUUCUCACGUGGUGAAAAGCAGCACGUUUUGCUGCAACGGAGAACAAUGCGAAGAAGGGCGUCUUCACCACGCACUCUCCAGUGUCAUUUCUGUUCUUUGCUGUAUUAAUAACAAAUAUCGAGAAGCGGGGGAAGAACUAAUACCGGAGAAUUAUACAAUAUUUCUAUGUAAAUGUACAGACACUAGUGUUACACAGGAUAGUGCAUAUUCUGUUCCUACGCCCUCCGCUUCUGUAACCAUGGUGAUUUCAGAUCAUUUCCUUUCUCUCCCGAUGGUCUCGUCCUUAACGACAGGUUUUGAUCCCUCUCUCUUUUUUUAAUUAUAUCUAUUACAUUCACGUCUUCAUUUCAGUGUGAAUAAUGGCAAGUAGAACAAAAAUGACAGGAUAGACAAAAAGGAAUUCCUAUUUUUCCUCAUUCUCUUUGAUUUAUAGACACCCAGUUUGUAGAUGAAUGAAGAAAGGAAGCCCAACAUUGAAAAUAUGUUGUCCUUUUGGAGUAGAGAUAUGAGAAGUAUCACGGUAUAUGAUCAACGGAGGUCGUUUUCAUUCAGGCAGAGCGACAGAGGUGCACUUGUGUGAUUUAGCUGGAGAGAUUCAGCAUACCUUCUUUUUGCUUAUUUUUUUUAUUUGAAUUUUUUUGCUUUUUUCUGGCGGAGAAUGAAUGGCUAUUUAUUUCACUGAGCGGGAAAAAGUACACACUAUUCUGCAAAAAUGUCUGGGGGUAAAAUGAAUGUGGCACAUAUUAGAUUUUUUAUCAUUACAAAUAUGAUUUUAUUUAUUCUUUUAUCCCUUUUUUCUCCUGUGGUUGAAUGACCUCUCACUAAUAUUUGUUGUAACAGUGAAACUUGUUUGCCAACAAAUAAAUGACUGACAGACAGAGUGAAGCCGAGAGUUGCUGGCUGUGUGCGUUUUCUGCAACACGACACAUUUUGUUAAUUAGGGGCUCUCUUGACGAGAAACCUUAUUAAACUAUGUUACAUAUAUGGUAAAAAAAAAGAUAUAAGUAAUAAAGAGUAAUAUAAUAAAGA